UUUGUGUACUUGUGUUUGCCAGAGGGGAGGGGGUGUCCACUCUGACAGUCAUGUGAGAAGAGCAAAGGAUAGCAGUGGACACGCUGACAAGAUUUUAUUUUUGGGGUUGAUUUAUGAGAGAUCUCCUGGUGAAAGGCGCACAACUGGGAGGACGAGAGUGAGACAAAGAGGAGAAAGAUAAGUGUCAAUCUGUUGAGACUUGUUUGGGAAUUUGAGGAAGGAGGGGAGGUGGGGAGAGACAGCAAGAGGAAAGAGAGCAGGGAGAACUCGGGCGUAAACAUGCACUUUUCAGAAGAGUUUCUCGUCUGCGAGAAAUAAAAGGAAAAAGACAAAGGACUUUGUUUGGUCACUUAGGUAAUGUCCACACAAGGAAUGAAAUGUCAAACGUUGUCCAAUUCCCUGCUGAAACAGGAGGGAGAGAGCAGAUCUUCCCGGGAUACACCUUCAGGCUCUACAAACUAUAAUGCCAAAGGAAGCAAAUGGGCCAUCUCUACCAAUUUUGAGACUUUGUGUAACCUAACAGCUGGUUCAAGUGGAAAAAGCUCCAGAGACCCAAGUCCAAGGCGAGAGAUGACUACCUCUUUGGAACAAGAUAAAGACAAGUAUGAUAAAAGCAGGAGGCGGGAAAUGAAAAAUGAGAAAAUGGGAAGCAAAGGAGGAUACAACGACACAGAGCCGAGGAGACAUGUUGAAAGUGAAAGAAUUUCCGAUUCUCGUCUUAGAGAUGCUGAGUGGGUAGUGAGAGAAAGAAAGCCAGAAUAUGAUGCAAGCAAACAAGACAUGAAGAAAAAGAGGAAGAAGGGUGACACAUUUCCCAGAAUUAAAAAUGGAGACCGAGAUCCUGAUCCCAGAGUAAUGCCUCCUGAGAUGGAAAAAGAAAGGCGGCAUGGACAUCGACCCAAAAGAGAGGAAACACAGUUUUGGGAGGAAAAAAUUGAUAAGUAUAAGAUCAGGAUGAGGAGAAAGGAAGAUGGUAAAAGUCCAGGAAGAAGACCUACAGAAGAUGAGAGAGCACAAAAGAGGGAACUAUAUAAGAUGUCUGGGGUAGAGUUUCGGGACACAACAAGGGAGACGAUUGAUCGACAGGACAUGAGAGACAGAGUAGCAGCUAGAAGAAGAGAAGAUAUGAGACUUGACUUGGAUGAAAGGAAUGCCAGAAUGAAUUCACCACAGAGAACAGAAAGAGAGAUGUAUGGGAGGACUCAGGGAAGGACAGUUGCAAAGAGUGAAGGAGACAUUGAUGAGAGAAGAGACAAAAUGAGAGACAGAAGAGGGGAAGAGGGGGACUACAUGAGCAAAAUGCAACAUAACAGGGACAGAGAUAGACACAGUGGCAGAGGAACAGAAGCGGAAAGACCCAGAAGGAAAGAAGAGGCCACCUUUGACAGAUGCACAGAGACUGACCGGAGAAUAGCAAGACAGGUAGACAAAGAGAGAGAGAGACAAAUGGAAACUCGAAAAGACUUCAGUGGUUACAGAAGAGAAGAUGAUCAAAUCCGAAGGGAGAGGAGAGCCAGGGAAAUGCUUGAAAGGCGGGAACACGCAACGGCAGAGAGAAGGAACAGAUCCACAAGUGAUCCAGAUCCAAGGGUGCCACCGCGAGUCCAAAGCAACAGAGAGUUGACCAGCAGCAAGGAUGAUGAGAAUAUUAGAAGAGACAGAGCUUUUUAUGAGGAGAGGGGUCCAAUGACAAAUUGGGCUGCUGAAAUAGAAAGAAUCAAAGAAAUCCCCAAAAAGCAUAGAGGAGGAAACACGAGGAUUGAGCAGGAGCGGAGAAGGAUGUGGUUAGAGCCACAGAAGGACAGAAACAGUGCUGAUGAAGACAGAGAAAGGUAUAGAAGGUGGAAAGACAGAGAAAGAGAGAAAGAGAUGGAUGUCAAGUCACAGGCAGAAAGGGCAAGAGAUGUGCAACGAAUAAAAGCAGAACCAAAUGAGAGGGACUUUGACCAAAGGAGUCAUGAAGGAAGGCAUCGAGGAGCGAAUGGGAAUGAUGAGAGGACUGAAAAUGGGAGAAAAACAUUUAGAGAAGGGAAGGGACAUCUGUCCGACAGUGACGGAAGGACAGGAAGAAAGCUGCAGGGGUGUGUGGAGGGAGAGAAUGUGGUAGAUGACAACAAGGAGAGUGGCACAGAGGAAGAGGGAGGGGGUGAUUACUUAGUGCGCUCCGGUAGCGAAGGAGGAAGUGAUGCCGGCUGGAUGCAAGACAGGGACAGAAUGCUGUCAGUAGAGAACAGCUCUGGUGGAGAUGAAGAGGAUGAAAGAGAAGAGGAGGAUAAAAAUGUUUUGUGUGAGGAUCCCACUUCUGCUAGUUCCAAAAGUUUUGAAGGGGAUGAGAGGAAAGAAGACUGGGUGACGAAGAAGAAAGUGACUGAUGAGGAUGAACAAGGUAGGCAACAGAAUUCAAACAUUAUUUUCAGUGUGACUGGGCAAAGUCAUCCUCAGUCAGAAGCCACCCAGUUGUCAUUGUCAGAAAAUGACGAGGUGGGUGGAGCAGAAAUAGAUGAAGCAAAUAUGGAAAAACAUACUCAACGUAGUCAUGAUAUCACACAUGAAAAUCCUCAGCUGACAUCAAGCGAAACAGAUGAGCAGCCAGUUUUAACCAACAGAGAUAAAGAAAGCGACCACAGCACAUCAAGAUUCACCACAGAAGAUGCUAAAGAAGACGUUCAAUGCGAAGCAUCCCAAAAGCUCCAAGAUGAAGAACUCGGAGGCGGAAACAAGAGCAAAGAGGGUCCUUGUGUAAAAAUAAGACCAAUGAAAAGAGACUCACAGACUGAAAAACUCCUUAAACGUUGGAGAGAGCAAACAAAUGAGCCAAACACUUCUGAGCAAACGCGUCCCCUAUUGGAGGAUAUAAACACUGAAUCAAUGAGUCCAGAGGAAAUUGAGAGGAUUCAGAUUAGAAUGAGUAGAGUGUGGGCCACAUCCGAAGAGCCAAAACGACAUUCCCAAGCCGCUCACAUGAAAUGGGCCAAGGAUGUCAUGCGUUUGUACAUGGGCAACUCCGAGGAACAGGUGGAGGACCAAAACACAGGACCACGGGAAGAUCAAGGGGUCGCUGGAUCCGAGUACCACCAGGAACCCCAGGUGGUCUCACAAGUUAGCUUUGAACUUCCCACUGUUAUACUGACAAGAGACGAUCACUUGGCGCCGGACCUGGAGGAGGAGUUAGGAGGUAUGAGGCAAGCUGAUAUGCAGGCUGAUCAGGCCACAGCUAUGCAUGUCGUCACAAACACAUACACUCAUACUGACACACGUCCGAGCACAGCAAUGAAGGAAGACCGUGCUAAAAACCAAACCACUGAACCGUCCAGUCAGGGCCAGUUAGACGAAGCAGAUAUAGACGAGUUAAGAAAAUCGGGCACGGAUGUUUACAUAGAAGAGGAAGAGGAGUGGUAUUUAACUGGUACCAACAUGCUGUACAAGCCAAACAGCUGUCCGACACUUUAUUGUGAUUUUGAGUCUGACUUCAAAACUCCCCCUACAAAGGCUAAGAGUAAAAGUGUGGUUGAUGAAAUCAGUCAGAGCGUAGAGGAGAGGCAAACUGAUAAGGAGGUUACUGAGGCGGAGGUGGAGAAAAUGAUAGGAGAAAUGGAAGAGGAAACCGAAGAGGGAGAGACAGACGCUGAAAAGAGAGCGGUGGCUGAGACAGACGCCUGCAGCGUGGAGGAUUAUGGUCCUAAAUCUCGCUUUCGAAGAAGAGGGAUCCGUUUACCUACUAAGAGAAGAAAUGGAGAGUGUGAAAAGGUGGAAGAGGAGGAAGGUGUUGGAAGAGAUCGCAGAACCAGAGUGUUCUUUACUACAGAUAACGACGAUCAUAGUAAAAGCUGGGGAGGGAUGGAGCUGAGAAAUGUUUUGGAUGAAAUAAAAAAAUCCCAGAAGAGUCACGGUUUUUUCAAAGACACACAGCUCUACCAGCAGUACAUUGACACGACGCAGGAAUUUGAGAUCCUCCGAUCUCGCUCCGAUGUUCUCUCAACGUUUGAGGACGCCAGCCUGUCCCCUGCGCCUUCACCUCCCCCCAGCCGCAGACCUCUCCCUCCUCUACCGAGCCAGCCGCACCUUCACUCGUUGUCUCACACGGGCUCAGUCACUAGUGCCAAAAACCUGCCUCUCCCAGAACUCCCCAACACAGAACGCAGGCCUUCCUCCCCACGCCUGUCCAUCUCCCUCUCACAGUCGUCCUUACUCUGGCGGGAGUUGGAGGAUGUCCGGUACAGUCCUGACCUGGAGCUGCUCACUGAAGAUCAGAGGCGACUACAGGAGGUAAGAUUUGAGGUUGUGACCUCAGAGGCGUCCUACUGCCGAAGUUUGGACAUAGUUGUCGACCACUUUGUCAAGUCCAAGCAGCUGGGACAACUGUUGACCACUCAGGACAAGAACUGGCUUUUCUCCCGUCUGGCCGACGUCCGCACAAUCAGCCGCAGAUUUCUGUCAAUGCUGGAGCAGCGCAUGGAAUCGGACAUCAUGCGCUUUACCGUGUGUGACAUAAUUGCUGAACAUUGUCCACGCUUCAGAUGCGUCUAUGUGCCCUACCUCACGAACCAGUCGUAUCAGGAUGCCACCUACCAAAAGCUUAUGAAUGGGAAUCCAGGGUUUAAGCAGGUUGUAGAGACAUUAGAGAAGAGUCAAGUUUGCGAGCGACUUCCUCUUCGCUCCUUCCUCGUUCUCCCCUUCCAAAGAAUCACAAGAAUUAAGCUGCUUGUUCAAAAUAUCGUGAAAAGAACAACUCCUGGUACAGAGGAGGCGACGCACGCCAUCAGAGCUUUGAAACUUCUAGAGAAGAUGAUUCGUGAAAGUAAUGAGAGCAUCUCUCAGAUGAAAAACCUCGAGUCUUUAGUCGCUCUCAACUCUAAGGUCAACUUUGAGUGCAAGACUCUUCCACUGGUCAGUCAGUCUCGGAGGUUGGUGCGUGAAGGUGCCAUCACCAAGCUGUCAAAUUCUCUAAAAGAGCCCGAGAAAAGUAUUUAUUUGCAUCUCUUCAAUGACUACUUGCUUUUCUCCGUUCCAAAGGAAGGGGGGAGAUUCACGGUGAUCAACCACUAUCCUGUGACAGAGCUGUGCGCGGAGGACUGCCCUGUCAAGCUCGACACCCUGCAGAAGAACCUGUUUCGAUUGCGCACAAAGCAGAACCUCCUUUUGCUACGAGCCGACUCAGCGAGUGAUAAACUACGCUGGAUUUCAGCAAUCUCCCCGCCCCAACCUAUAGAACUUUCCUCUGUACAAGAUUGUGCACAGAUGCAGUGCAUCCGAGCUUACGUGGCCCAGCAGCCAGAUGAGCUGUCUUUAGAAAAAGCUGAUGUUAUUCUGGUGCACCAGGACUGCGACAACUGGGUAGAAGGGACCAAACUGUCCGACCUACAUCGUGGAUGGAUGCCCAAGUCGCAUUUGGAAGCCAUCGUCAACCCUAAAGUCAGAAAACGCAACCUAUCAGAUGCCCUCAAAGUGACUAAUGCCACCGCUACUGCCUGAGCUGUACGCUGACACCCUGAAUGUAUUAUAAAGUAGUUUAUCUGCUUUGUACCUUGAACAAUAAAUAUUCUGACAUUUUGCUGAUAAGUUGCUGACAUGAGUGCAGCAGCUUAAAAACACCUAAAAACAACUUUAUGUCUAGAAUAAAGUCUCACUGUGUUCCCAAAUUGAACAAAGUAUUUAUGCAGAACAAUGCAUAGAUUUGUAUGACAGCCAUUCUCAGUUAAUAUCCAUUUUUGUAUGACUACUAACAGCAGAUGCAAUGCAUAUAUUUUCUGCACAUCAGUGUUCUCAGAGUGCAUUGGUGUUUUUAAUGCAAUUGUUUAAAAUAAUUGUCUUUCUACAAUUUUAGUUUAAAAAACACUUUUGUUCAUGGAAAAAAAAUUUUGGGGGGGAAAUUGCCUGUUGAGCUCCUGCAUGCAUAAAAUGUAACACAAGUCUUUAUAACGAUUCAGUGAUCUGUUUAAUUUUUGUUUUUCUUUGGUUUAAACCUUUACAUUCAGUGCAUUAUUUUUGUAUGACUUGUCUGUCGCUGCUGUAAUAAGUCAGUAUCCCCUACUGGGGAUCAAUUAAGUCUAUGUUGUCUGAUCUACCACGUGUACAGCUUCAUAAAGAAAAUAAACAUUUCAAUAAAAGGAUUGAUGGAACAGAA